AUGGUGAUCGACGCUCUUCGGGCAGACUUUUUGUUUUCCAACGAGUCCCAAAUGACGUUUGUCCACGAGCUCAUCAACAAUGGCUAUGCAUUGGGAUACACUGCCUACUCCAACCCUCCUACCGUCACCCUGCCACGUCUGAAAGGCAUAACUACCGGAUCAACACCUAAUUUCAUCGACGCUGUGCUGAAUAUUGCAGAGGAAGACACGUCGUCGACCCUGGGAGACCAGGACUCGUGGGUGAAGCAGAUGCAUGCGUCAGGAUGGAAAAUCAACAUGUUUGGAGACGACACCUGGUUGAAGCUGUUUCCUUCGUAUUUCGCCAAGACAGACGGUACGGCCAGUUUCUACGUGAGUGAUUUUACCAUUGUGGAUAACAACGUCACACGGCAUCUGGAUUACGAGCUGAGCAAAGAAGGCCAGAAGCACUGGGACUGUCUGAUCCUUCAUUAUUUGGGGCUGGACCACAUUGGCCACAAGGGAGGACCUGCUAGUGCCAGUAUGCCCGCCAAGCAGCGCGAGAUGGACUCCAUCAUUCGCAGAAUUUUUGAGAGCGCCGUGAAGAAAGACGACAACACUCUGUUUGUGGUGAUGGGCGACCACGGAAUGAACGAGGUUGGAAAUCACGGAGGCUCUUCAAUUGGCGAGGUUUCUGCUGGGUUGUUGCUAGUUUCGUCCAAAUUCAGAAACCUUCAAUCAGCACAGAAAGCCCCUAUACCAAGAAACGCGGAUUUCGACUACUUCGACCGCAUCGACCAGAUAGACUUGGUGCCGACUCUUUCCACCCUGCUUGGUCUCAAAAUCCCAAUUAAUAAUCUGGGCACAUUUAUGCACAACCUGCUUCCGCUGUAUACGGCAAAAGACAAGCUGAACGUUCUAAUCAAGAAUGCAUUGCAACUGAAGGUCCUCACUGACAAAUCCCGAAAUAAGGUCACGUCUCUAGACUCUGAGAUCGAUGUCUCGUCUGUGUCUGCUUUGCUAGACUUUCUACAUGAUUCCAAACGUGAGCUGUCGAAGACCUCAUCAGAUUACAAUUACACGGAUAUUUUCUACGGACUGGCUGGCUAUGCAUUCACUGCACUUCUCAGCUUGGUGCUCUUUUUCACAUAUCAUCGAGGCUGCCUUUUGGAGGCCUGUGUGGAUCUACUAUUUUUUAUUCUCUAUGCCGUCAACUUCUUCGGCUCAUCGAUGAUUGAGGAGGAACACCACCUUUGGUGGUUUUUCACUACUCUGUUUGUUGCAACGAUAACAGUCAAAUCCAAAUCAUUCUACUCCACAAUGCUGCUGAUUUGUCUAAGGCUCCUCAAGGCGUGGAACAAUAGUGGACAGAAAAACAACAUCAAAAGCAACAUGAAGAUCGCGACGUAUGUAGCGUCGCUCUCUUCCGACAUCGGUCCUGAUGUGGUUGCAUUUUUGAUAGCGUCAACCCUCGCCACAUACUGUUUCUACGUCACAGAAGGAGCCACCGUCAAAGGGAACGGUGACGGAACGAUCAUGAGAUUUGUCACGUUCGUCAGCACGUCGCUACUUUGUUUCAUAACCUUUUCGACCAAGUUUCUGUCUUACCUGUCCGAGACCUACGACUUGAAGUCUGGUUUUAAGGAAAUCCCUGAUUGGUGUUCCAGCUACAUCCAAUGGAUUGGCCAGCGUUUGGGAACGACAGAUAUCAACACAAUCAACCAACAGCUUUUUAGCCUGUUCAACAAAGUCUGGCUAGUCACCCUCGCAUUCCAUCUCCUGAAACCUCUAUUUUUCAAAAUAUCGAAACUCCCAGACCCAGCGCACAAUUACACACGUCUCAUAUUGACAACCUUCACACAGCUGCUGAUCAGUCAAACAAACUUCAAUAACGUCCCCAUCUUUUUUCUUCUGCUGGUGAUCCUCCUGUCAUUCCAGAAACUCGUCCCCCUGUCCAGUCUCAACGCUCUCUCACUAUUCACCAUCCUGAUGCAAAACCUCAGUUUUUUCCAGUUUGGAUUCACAAACUCGCUCUCGUCUGUUGACCUCACAAACUCUUUCAACGGACUCUCCAGCUACAAUAUGAUUAUUUCCGGACUGCUCACUUUUGUGUGCAACUGGGCUGCCCCUAUAUUCUGGUCCCUAGCCUACUUGCAUCUCACCCUAAAACCAGAUGGACGUAAUUGGGAAAGACUGUACCACCGGCUCCUGGUAACGCUCACCUUCUACUCCGUCAGCGGACUGAUCUUGAUCCUAAGCUGCUACAACCUCAGGUUUCAUCUUUUCAUCUGGACAGUGUUCAGCCCCAAAAUCCUAUACUUCCUCUCAUGGAUGGCAUGCGGACUACUCGUGGACUUCGGUCUAUCAUGUAUUGUAACGGCCCUGUAUAUAAAAUAG